CUGUCAGUGUUUGGUGCGAAAAUAUUCAAGAAGAACGUUAAGUUCAAAUUAAAAAUAUUUAAAUAAAUAAAUAAAAAUUGUUAAAAAACUAAUAAUUGACAAAAAAAAUGCAUUUACCAUUCUUUAAAUGUUACUCAGGCGAUUGUUGUUGUUGCGAAAGCAAUGCAGAUGAUGAAACUAUUUCUGAUAUAUCAUGGACACCCGGAGAAUCAACAAAAAAUAUCGAUAUCAACCAAAAUUUAAAUAUCAGUGAUAAUAGUGUAUCAACUAUUGUGGUAACGCAGCCAAGUGGUUCUGCAGCCGAAUCAACUUCAGAGAGUACAGAAAGUAAACAAAUUGAAGAUAUAACAAUUGAUAUGCCUAAAAGUAUUGGUGAGAAGGACCGUUUCACCGAUAUGUCAGAAACUAUUUUUAAAAGAAUUACUUAAAUAUAAAUCAUGAAAUAGUAUAAAUAAUAAUAUUAGUAUAAAGCAUUAUUUGCUAAUGAAAUUUAGAGUACCUAAGAAAUUUCAAAUUUCAACGACUACACCCAAUAUAUAAGAUAUAAUUUAAAUGUUAUUCAGGGUCUCAAGUAAGCGCUCGGUAAAUAGUUGCCUAGUAACAGUCCAAACCGAUAAUAACAAAAUACAUUGACCCGAAAUGUGUUUUGUUGUUGCUGCAUUGCAAUGUUACUAUUUUAAUCGGUUACCGAUAUUACUCGGAUUUGCGAAUACCGCUAUCAAUAAUUAGAGUUUCUAAGUAGCCUCAAAAUACAUUUAUAUAUAAAUAAAAACAAAAAAAAAGACUAAUUGUAAUUGAAAAUGGAAA